GCUUCCUUCUGGUCCAUCUUAUAUGCCAGUCAUCCAGGUACUUCUCAUAUCCUCGGCGGAGGCUGGUCUAUUACAGCCACUAUCGUCGCCGCGCCGGCAUGCUUCACGUUCGGGAACGCUAGCAUUCCUGUUUAUCCCUGGCUUUACCAACAAGGCUGGUCGAAACAUGGAGGCUGAGAAGGAGUAAUUCUCCGCACACCCACCUGAAGUCAAAAACUCAGGUACGUACACUCAAGAUAGUGGGUCCGUGCACCUACUAAUGUCUGACUGCAAAUUUAGUUUUU